UAAAAAUAUUAAUAGGAAGAUAUGAAGCUUGUCAAAUUCUUAAUGAAGAUGCUUAAUGAGACAGUCACUGUGGAGCUCAAAAACGGCACUGUCAUCGUUGGUACUAUUUUAGGUGUUGAUGUAUCAAUGAACACACAUUUGAAAGCAGUGAAAUUGACCAUGAAAGGGAAAGAUACAGUUGCCCUCGACCAUCUGACUGUUAGAGGAAACAAUAUCAGAUACUUCGUACUUCCUGAAGGAAUGCAUCUUGAUAGAUUCUUAGUUGACGAUACUUCCAAGGUUGAAGAGAAAACUAUUGCUGCAGCCAAGGCUAGGAUGAAACCAAAGAGAGAGGGAGGAAGGAGAUAAGCGAAGAGCCCGGAUAUAGUUUGAAAAUGGCUAAUUAUAU